UACAUUGUACAGCAAAUGCACUCGUGGAACUGUUGUAUAAUCUACGGAAAUAUAAAGCAUAAAUACUCAUUGUCAAGUUAGAGAUGGAAGAGUUAACAAAGGAGGAUACUUUAAACUUACGGAAAAAAUAUAUAGGAGAGGCUUGCAUUUUAUUCUUUGCAAAUGAUCCACUCAAGAUCACAAGAGCUGCAGGACAGUAUAUGUAUGACGAGAAAGGCAAUAGGUAUCUGGACUGUAUCAACAAUGUCUGUCAUGUGGGCCAUAGUCAUCCAUCUGUCGUUGAAGCCGGUUACAAACAGAUGAAAGUACUGAACACAAACAGUCGCUACCUACAUGACAACAUUGUAAAAUAUGCCGAGAAAAUUACUUCAACACUACCUGAUAGGCUGAAUGUCAUCUACAUGUGUAAUUCUGGAUCAGAGGCCAAUGAUUUAGCAAUGAGGCUUGCUAGACACUACACAAAGGCCAAAGAUAUUAUCACCAUGGAUCAUGCCUACCAUGGUCAUAUAUCCUCCAUGAUAGACAUCAGUCCAUACAAGUUGAAAGUACAGAUGGACGGUGUACACACAUGUCCACGUCAUGUUUAUGUGGCCCCAUGCCCAGACACAUACAGAGGAAAAUAUGCAGAUUGUGACUACCCUGGUGAAGAUCUCGGUGAAAAAUAUGCAAAUGAGGUUGGGGACAUCUGUAAAGUGAUUCAAGGAAGGGGUAAAAAUGUGUGUGCCUUUAUAGCAGAAUCUAUGCAAAGCUGUGGUGGACAAAUUGUGUUUCCUCCUGGCUACUUGAAGAGGGUUUACAGACAUGUGAGAGAAGCAGGUGGAGUUUGUAUUGCAGACGAGGUACAGGUUGGCUUUGGACGUGUAGGCAGUCAUUUUUGGGCAUUUCAGGUGCAAGAUGUAGUCCCUGACAUUGUAACUAUGGGUAAACCUAUGGGAAAUGGGCACCCUGUGUCAGCUGUUGUGACAACUCGUGAAAUCUCAGAGGCCUUCAAACAAUGUGGAAUGCAAUACUUCAAUACUUUUGGUGGUAAUCCUGUGUCAUGUGCCAUUGCCUUAGCGGUAUAUGAUGUCAUCGAAAAAGAAGGCCUUCAGAAACACGCACUGGAAGUAGGUAACUACAUGAAGGCGCAGGCAGCAAAAUUAAUGGAGAAAUACUCUAUAAUUGGCGACAUUCGUGGACAUGGGCUGUUCAUUGGUAUUGACUUUGUAAGGAACAGGAAGACACGAGAACCUGCCACUGAAGAAGCCAAGUAUAUCAUUAAAAAAAUGAAAGAAGAUUACAAAAUUCUGUUGAGCACAGAUGGGCCUUAUGACAAUGUGCUGAAAAUGAAGCCACCAAUGUGUUUCUCGAAGGAGAACUGUGACUACCUACUUCAGUCGCUGGAGCAGCUGAUAAAAGAUGUUGCUAGCAAGGAUUUUGAGCCGAGUCAUCGUUGGACUGUGGUAGAUGCAACAAAGCCAGGAACCAGAGUGAUGCACCUUAAAGCUUCCUUAUAGAUGAUGGUAGCAAGAGAGAAAAAUAAAAGGAAAUACAUGUACCAAAGUAAAACUGUUAAAAUGCAGGAAUAAAAAUAAAAUGCAGGAAUCAUUCAAAUUGCAUUUUGUAGAUUCUUGUUAGCUUGUAGGUUUGUACUUUAUCUGACUCAUAUAUGCUUGAAAAUAUUAUUCUGAAUUGUUGCACACAUAUUCACUCAACAAGGCUUUGUGCAGAGUGUUAAUGUUCCUUGGUCAGUACUGCUUUCAGGCAGGUUAACAACACUGUGUAUCAACCUCAACAUAAAUCCACAACUGUAUAAUAUCAGAUGGAGAUUUUGUCCAGGUUUGUCAUGAUAGUGGGUUGAGGGAUUUUAUCCAACAUUCGAGAUAAGCUUUUCAUGCAUACCAGACGGAGAUUUCCGGUAUCUUUGCCGGUGCUGGAAAAAUCCGUCUUACACCCCAGUGUGUAAGAUGACUCUCGUGCUGUAAAUGACUUAUUACGAACUACAUAUAUGUAGAAGAUUUAUAUAGUAAUAUAUAUUUUAUUUAAAAAACAGAAUAAAAAUUCAAUACCUUUACAGUUCCUGUUGGUUUCGGGUAAUAUAUUUCUCGAUUCAAAUCACGUUAUUUUAUCAAAAAUUCAUAACGUUACGCUGCAACUGAUAAAAAAAAACCGGAACUAAACAUUGUUACUUGUUUUGAAAUGUCAUGACGUCUUUCCUGUUUACGGAUGUUGGUUUCCCGCGCUUUGUUUAAAUACACUGCCAUAAUAAAUAGUUCUAAAAAGAAAGCCGUUGGAUUGAUUUUACUUUUAUUAUUAUUUCUUGAAAUCGGUAUGCAAGAAAAAGAUUCUGUCACUGGUUAUAGGUGCAGAUAGUAAUAUCUGGCUCUCGGGUAACUGUUUAGGCGGUAAGUCGGCAGGGAGCCUCAUUACCGCCUAAACAGUUACCCUCGAGGCCGGAUAUUCCCAUCUGCACCUACAACCAGUGAAAGAAUCUUAUAUUACUGCUUUCCAUUCAAGUCAUUUAAUAAAUGUUUCAUAUUCAUAACAAGCAAUAGUAAGUUAAACUGAUGGCAUUUGUUGUUGUAUUAAAGACUUGGAAGAAAACGUAAUAAAUUACAAUUCAGUGUGUAGAUUAUGUACUUGUUACUUAUCAGUUGACUUGGUAUGUUAACCCUUACCCUGCAAAAUUUCUAUAAUGAACAUGUCCAUCUUUCAAUUUGGACAGUUCCAUUAAUUGCUAAAAGGGGUGCUUACAAAUGAAAACUGACUGAAUGGCAAACAGUGCAGAUCAUGAUCAGACUGCAUGGAUGUGCAGGCUGAUCAUGAUCUACACUGGUGGCAAAGGCAGAAUAAGUCAUGUUUAGCAUGAUAAGGGUUAACUGCCAAUUAUUUAAAGUAUCUGUAUUAUAUACAGUCAUCUUUGUUCGCUCAACUCCAUUGGACAGGCAAAAUUUGUUUGUUAUUGGUAGUUUGAGCUAUUGAACAAUAUACAUUAUUUAGGAAUUUUGUCGGGACCUGACAAUGAGUUUAAGCCAAGGGUGGUGUUUGAAUUAUCCGAGUUCGAGCAAAUUAAGCUUGCCUGUAAUAAAAAGUACAUGUACUGUUUUGAUGGAGUCAAUUUGUAUUGAAUCAGGCUUUGUUAGAUGAAAUGAUGAUAUUGUUUUAUGAAGUUGUUGAUAUUUUUUAUGCUUUUUUUGGGAUAGGAUAAAUGUAACUUUUGUGAUACUCCUGUAUUUUUUGUGUGAAAUUAAGGAAAGACUGGUGUAAAUUGUGAUAGUUUUUAGUCAUGUUUGAUAGUUACAAAAUUUUAUGGCACCGUUUUAGGUCGAGAAGACAGAUAAUUAUGGGUAACAUCCACUGUUACCAUAAUAUAACCUCUUAAGAGUAAUUAUGCCUCCCUUUCAAGAAGAGGGAGUAUAUUGUUUAGCUGUUGGUAGGUCAGGCGGUCGGUCUGUAAGACAUUUGUUAUCCAAUCAGUAACUUGUGAAUACUUAGGCCUACAGUAGUCAAACAUAAUUAGAUGACUGCCUUUGGUCUGUCAACAAUCCUUAUGGUUUUGGAGGUCAGUAGAUCAAAGGUCAAGGGCACAAUAACCUUGACAUUGAAAAUGGUUCCCACAGUCAUCAAGCAUAGGAUAACUGCCUGUGGUCAGUAGAUGACCCCUUUGAUGAUUGUUCUUGUGGUUGGUAGGCCAAAAUCUUGGUCAGAUGACCUUGAGACAGAAAGUGGUUUCUGCUCAGUAACUGAAGAACACUUCCGUGUACAGAUGUCAAAUUUCUUAGACUGAUUGCCUGUUAUCAUUAGAUGACCACUAAUAUUCUAAAGUUAAGAAGCUAAGGAAUCAACGUCAAUGUAACCUUGAACCUAAAAAGGUUGUUUCUGCUUAAUAAUGAAAAGAAUGCUUUGGCCCACAGUCUUCAAACUUCAUAGGAUGAUUGUUUGCAGUUAGCAGAUAACCACUGUUGUUUUUGGGAUGGUAGUGGGUUAAAGAUCAAGGUCACAAUGACCUCGCAACUACAUAUGGUUAAUGAUCUUCAAUUAUUGGAGAAUGCUUGGGCCUGUUGCCAUUAAACAUCUGCUUAUGGCCACUAAAUGACCUCAACCAAGGUUACAGCAUACUUGUGAUUGAAAGUAACACACCCAGUUACCUCGGUCAGGCAAGUUUCACACCCAGUUACCUCCGUCAGGCCAUCAGUAAUUCAUGUGUGUUUUAUAAGCAGCCCAUGUUUCUUACUUUGUUGAAAUUUCAUGAUGUCCUUAGACUGUAACUGUAGGGCUCAGUGAGGUUAUAUCUUAAAUUGUCUUGAGAAAAGCUGUUGAUUCAAGGUUUUCAAUAAUUUUUUUGAAACAGAUGUUCACAUACAUUAAGAAUCCAAAUAGUUGUUGUAUUAGAUAUUUAUUAACAGUAUUACUUAAUCUUUUUUUUAAACAUAUUACUUGAAAAACUGAUUUGUAUCCUUUAACAAGUCAUUUUUAUGGGUCUCUGUCUGGCUAAUGAAAUCACUGAUCUCAGUCCAUGCUGGUUUUUAUUUUGCCCUCGCAUAUAUUUGUGAGAUUUCAUGUUGAAAAGGACCAUGUUUCCUGAAGUGACACUUUAAUUUUUACUGUACUGGUUGGGAACCAGUAUCCGGACUGGACUAUUUUCCGGACACAUUUGAUAACCGCUUUAUUUCGUUGUUACUCGCGUAAUUCUUUCCUCUAGAUCAUUUAAAUGAUUGUUCUUCAUGUUUACAACAAACCACUAUAUUACAAGGCUGUAUUAUGUUAGGUUUUGUGGUGAUAUCUCACCUGUGUUUACAAAACAACUUUCUGUCUUAAAGGGGCUUAAAGAUAGCAUUGCGCAUGCACAGUAGUUUACAUUUGUUGAGGUAUCAAGUGGGGAAGGAAUAAUUAAACUACAUAUUGAUUGUCUGCUUAUAACACGUGCUACUUUUAAUUUCACGGUAAUAGUUACAUAAAAUGCAGGGCUGUCGAUUUUUGCACUAAUUUUAUUCUAUAUCUAUUAGAAUUAUCAAGAAUUCGUGUUAGAGGAAAUUACAGUUUUUUAUAGUCAGCCUCUGUUUGCUUUCGAAGCUGCUAUUGAACGUCUGGUUAUGUUUCAUGUGCAUUUUUUGGAGAGAUUAAUGAUAAAGAAAUGUGUAAAAAUAGUUUAAUCACUUAUUUCGAUAUCAAAAAAACAGCAAAACAUCAUCAGAAUAUUUGUCCAGCUACUGGUUUACCUCACGGGGAAAAUAACUUCUUUUUGGGACCCCAUGGAACCCAUAUUUUACGUCACAAUGCAACGCUGAUUACCACAUCAGAUGCGGAAGGAGCUGAAGUUUGUGCAGUCUGGGCUUCAUUUAUGUCAGAUAUAUAUUUUUAGGAAAUAAUGGAGCCGAAAUAUGAAAAUGUGUCCAGCUACUGGGUCCCAACCAGUAAGUACCGUAAAUUUUGCAUCUAUGUAAUUUCCUGAUUUGAUAAGACAUUAGACAUAUUUACCUUUAUAUUAAGUGUUCGUACUUGUAGCUGUUUAAUUAUUGAAUAUGAUGCUUUUUGUUGAACAUGGGAGUUUUGAAAUCACAUAUUGCUUUGAUUGUGAAAAUUGGCAAAAAUAGUAUUUGUUGAAUAUUAUUGUUAAAAAACAACUUAUUUAGAAAAUGAAAAUAGGGCUAUAAUAUUUCAAAGACUUUAAAGCUUAAUUUGGUAGAAAAUUUCUUUUUGGACAGAUUUGGAUGUGAAAUGUAGACUUGACUUCAAAAAAUAAAAAAGAAGUGAGUACUGGUAUUUCAUGUAAAGAAACCCUUCUAGAACAGUGGAUUUUAAUUUUCUUUGCUGAACUGUCUCAAAUACUGAGAAAAAUUAAUUUUUACUCUUAACAAUGUGUUCAGGAACACCUAAAGUCUUCUUCCCCUAUAAAAGGCUGGAAAAUCAGCAUAUGACCUAUCUUUGUGUUGAUGUUCUUUAAACCCAUCAAAAUUUAUUUAUAUCUUUAUGCGGAUGGUCCUUUUAACAUGAGAACCCACAUUUCGUUUAAGAUAGCAAUAUGUAAUUUUCAAUUUGUUAAAACAAUGCAAGCUUUGCUUCACAGAAUAUGAUAAUGAGAUAUUAACCACUUUUACAAAUAUGUUAAGUAUAUAAGUAUUUUUUUUAUUUUACAUUCAUUGUUGUUAAUUUUAGAUUAGUUGUAAGGUUUCCUCCUAAGGAGGACAUUUUAAUGUGACAUUUGUCUGUACUUACACAGACUAAAACUUAGCUAUAAGGCUAUUAUAUGCCUUGUUACAUAUAUACAUUUUAGCCAUGUGACUGUGUUAUUUUAGAGAAAUAUGUUUGACAAAAUACCUUUGGACAAUUGUAAUGCAAAAACAGGGAAAAAUGGGAUUUUGUCAGCCUAUGUAUAAAUGUGUGGGGAGAGGAGGAGAAAAUUGUCCAGAUACUUCCAGAAAACAAAGUUAUAGAGAAAGUGUUUUUAUUUUCUUUUCCAUUUAUAUUAAGUAUUAUGCUUUCAUUAUUUUAUGUAUAUGCUUGAAUACUAGUUAUACACCCGAAGGGACGUAUUAUGUUAUGGUCCCAGUGUCUGUCUGUCCGUCCAUUCGUUAGCAAUUUUGUGUCCGCUCUGUAACUCUUGAACACCUUGAAAGAAACUUGGCACAAAUGUUCACCACACUGAGGCGACGUGCAGAGCACAUGUAUUGGAUGAAUUGCUUCAAGGUCAGGGUCACACUUAGGUCACACUUAGGGGUCAAAGGUCAUAUAUGACUUUGCUUUAUGUAUAUUGCUCUGCAUUGCAGUGCUCUUGUUUUUAUUUGGCAGAUCCCUUUUUGUUCUCUUACAAUAAUUUUCUUUUUGAAUUACUUCCCUUUCUUGUUACUAUAAAUAGCUUAUUUUGAAACUUUUUUAUUAUUGGCAGUAGGGAAAAGCCGAGACCACUUUUCCGUGGUACAACAUGGAUGGAACAUCCAAUUUUUAGAUGUAUUUUGACAUAACUUUACCUGCUAAGAAUUUUUUUGUGGACUUAGAAAUUAUUUUUUUUUUGUAAUUUCUUCUUUUAUGUUGUUCAUGUCAAGUUCUUUAAAUUUUGGUCCCAUCCUCUGAUGUAACCCUUCGGGCAUAUAUUGCCCCGUUUGGCGGUGCUCUUGUUCAUUUUGUGUAUACAUACUGUGUUACUGUAUGUGUAAAUCAAAUUCUGUUAAAUCAAAUAGUUGUUUAAAAUUGCAGUAUUAUUUAUCAGUUUCAGCUAAAAUUUCUGAUUACUAAGAUGAUUAAUUUAAUUCUCCUGUAAGCUAGAAAUAUAUAACCUUGAAUUUGGGGAAUGGCUCCAGGUUUAUUUUAAAGUCAGUAUGUGUUCAUAAACAUAAUUUGGUUCUUUGUAAAAUUUGUAGAAAAUAAGCACAUUGUAAGAAAUUGAUUGAAUGAUAUUUUAAAAUGUAAAGAGCUUUUCAUGUGCAAUAUUAUGAGUUUUUUCCUGAAGCAGGUUCCUGUAACUCAAAUUUUAGGUCACAUGACCUGUAAGUAGUUUAAUAUUUGUAUCAUAAAUACAAAGUACAACAAAAUAUUUCGGUUAUUUUGAUCUGAGAUGUUUUUCAAUUGGUCCAGCAUUGUAGAAUCUAGGAAAAACCCAAAUUCAGUCUCCCAUCAAACUACUGUUAUAAUUACUCUUUUAUCAUCUCCAUCUUAGGUUGUUGUUUUUUUCUGAACCAAAAAUGACUAAAAACUCAUCUGAAGCAAAGAAUAAUUUUAUUUCCCAUGUCAAGGGUAGUAAUGAGAGUAUUCUAGGCAGAGGCAAAAUACAGAAUAGGAUUUUAUCAGUUAGUGCAACACAGAUUUUGAUUUCUCUCAGUUUGUUUUGUAAAGUAAAAGCUUUAUUUUUUUUUUCAAAAUAUUUAGAUAGGGCUAUACAAAGAAGUAUAAAAUGCACAGAAUCGCAACGGGAGAUAAUCUCGCAUAGUCUUGUAACACUGCAUUAACCGGCGUUAUCUUAUUGAAGUGUUUGCUGACUGUAUUACAUGUAUUACACUGGCAAUACAGCUGGCACGUAAAAAUAAACUGAAUCGGAUCCAGUUUUCAAAUGACCACUGCUGAUUUCUCAGACUUCCAAUCAUAAAUUCAUUCCUGCCUCGUGUAGAAAAUACUAACAACUUAAAAGAACACCAUAAACAUUUUAAACAAACGAUCUGAUAGAAAGUUUUUCAUGACAAAUUUUUUUAUCCUUCUGCUUUCUGUUUCAUACACUGGUAAAACAAGAUCUCAUUCAAUUCCCACGUGAUGUUGGAUGAUUUGCUCUAUAUGCCUUUCAACUUGCGGAUCUAUUUAUUUUUAUAGCUCUUUGGUUUAUAUGAUUAUUUGUUUGUUUUUCUAGUAUUUGAAGAGUAUCAUAUGUAGGUAAUAGGAUUUACAUAGUGUACUCAUUUAAAUGUAUAGUAUAUUGCAUGCAAGUUUCAGCAAUGUAUGAACCAAAUUACCGGACGCAGUGCUUAUAAUUUUAUUUACAGCAAUUUUAAUUUUAUUAAAAUACAUGCCAUUCUGUAGCUUAUACUCAUAUUAACAGCAUUAUUAUAGCAAAUUUUAAGAGAAUAAGUGAGCCGUGCCAUGAGAAAACCAACGUAGUGGGUUUACGACCAGCAUGGAUCCAGACCAGCCUGCGCAUCUGCGCAGUCUGGUCAGGAUCCAUACUGUUUGCUAAUGGUUUCUCUCACUGCAAUAGGUGUUAAAAGCGAACAGCAUGGAUCCUGACCAGACUGCGCGGAUGCGCAGGCUGGUCUGGAUCCAUGCUGGUUGCAAAGCCACUAUGUUGGUUUUCUCAUGACGCAGCUCAAGUAUUGUUUUGUUUUGUAUCUUGGAGUAUUUUAUAUCCUUUUAAAUACUGUGAUGUCACAUAACUUGUUGAGCAUGAAUUUUCAUGGAUUUGACCACAACAGCUGUUCCAUGGGAACAUGAAUUUGUGGAUUUCAAUUUUGAAAAUGAAUAAAAUGUUUAAAACAUAUAAAUUACCAUGGUGCAAUAAAGAGAUAUAUUCUGUAAUAAAUGCAUGAAGAAAUAUGACAAUUAAUUGCAUAAUGAUUAAUUCAUUUGCCUACCCCAUCAGAAAAAAUAAGGAUUUUUUUUUAAAAGUUCAGUAAAAUACCAGUAUUUUCAUUCUUUUGCAUUCAAAUCACUUGAAAUUUUCAAUGUGUCAGUUUUGUUCCAUAUCUGUCCGAACACUUGUAUCAUUUGACAACGUUAAGGCAAAAAAACAAGAAUACGAGAAACCCUGAGAAUACGAGAAAAGAGGAUAGAUUUUAUGUUCUAUCAUACUGUUUUAUUUCUUGUAUUUUGUUUACCUAUACAUACUUUGUUAUAGUAAAGUGGAGCAAGAUUCAGUUCUUAUUUUAUUUAAGUCAAUAAACAAAGUUUAUUUUCACUUAGUUACUGGGGGAAAAAAAGAAUAUGAGCCUCACCAUUAGAAAACCAACAUAAUGCGUUUGCAACCAGCAUGGAUCUGGUUUGGAUCCAUGCUGGUCGCAGAGCCACUAUGUUGGUUUUCUCAUGGCGCGGCUCAUAUGUGCUUGAUGGGGUUUAUUUUCAUGGAUUGUCUCGACAAUGAAAUGUUCGAAAACUAGUCCUCAUGAAUAAUAACAGUUAAAUGGUAUAUAUUGUAUUAGAUAUAAGUUUACUUCAUUUACUUGCUUUAAGGGUAGAGAUUUUUUCUCGUUAAAAGUGUAACUUUUGAGUGUUACCUGACUGAAAUGACUAAUAUUUAGAUAUAUUCCAUUUUAAAUUAUUUAUCCUUUUUUCUCAAGCUCUUCAGGUUAUAUUUAUAAUACAAGUACUUGAGUGGUUACAGAGGGGUUAUACAAGUGAUUUUUAGACAGUUAAGUUUCUUCUUAUUAAUUUCUUUGUUUUGUCGGUUUGUUGCAACUUUUAUUAAAGAUUUCACAGAAUGAUUGUCAAAAAUUGGAAAUAUUAUGGAAGUAUUCUGGAAAACGAAGUAUAUUUGUAAAUAAAUGAAUGCUUCACAAGA